CGCGCGGCCCGCGCCAGCCCGUAGUGUAGUGUGUCGGCCGCCGCCGGAGUUUGGAGGCUGCGUGUGCCUGCCAGAGUGCCCCCCGGCUGCUGUGCCGCCUCGUCUGAGGGUCUCGUCUCCCACCGCUGUCAGACAGUCCGCAGCUCGCCCAGCCUGAGGUCAUGAGGUUCGCAAUCCUGGCGCUGGCCGUGGCGGCCCAGUGCGCCUGGGCCUUCCCCCAGUCGAACGGCGCCCCCGCCGCCGAGGCCUCCAACAAGUACAGCGAGGCCGAGGGCAAGGAGUACCUCGCCAAGCUGAACCAGGAGCUGCUGCGCUACUCCAACAUGGCCGCCAUCGCCGAGUGGGCGUACGCGUCCAACAUCACGGAGGAGAACCUGCAGAACAAGCUGAAGGUGGCCGCGGAGACCGCGCGCUUCCAGAAGGAGGCGUGGAAGGAGACCAUCAAGUACCCGUGGAAGGAGUACAAGGACCCCGUCGUGAAGCGCCAGUUCAAGAAGCUCUCCGUGCUGGGCUCUGCCGUCCUCCCCGAGGACAAGUACGAGAAGCUCGACAAGAUCGUCAGCGAGAUGCAGAACGUGUACAGCGUGGCCAAAAUCUGCGACUUCAACAACAAGGAGAAGUGUGACCUGAACCUCGAGCCUGAGCUGACGCUGCUCAUGGCCAAGAGCAGGAACCCCGAGGAGCUCAAGCACAUGUGGGUGCAGUUCCGCCAGCAGGCCGGCGACAAGGUGCGCAAGGAGUUCACGGAGUACGUCGCCCUGACCAACGAGGCCGCCAAGCUCAACAACUUCUCGGACGCGUCGGAGGAGUGGCUGAAGGACUACGAGACGGAGGACUUCCGCGACCAGAUCCAGGCGCUGUGGCUGCAGCUCAAGCCCCUGUACGAGCAGAUCCACGCCUACGUCCGCCGCCGCCUCAACGAGAAGUACGGCGACAGCGUGGUCAGCAAGGACGGCCUCAUUCCCGCGCACCUCCUGGGCAACAUGUGGUCUCAGAAUUGGGGCAACAUCUACGAAAUCACCACCCCGUACCCAGGCAAAGUUGCCUCUGACGCCACCCCUUACAUGGUGGAGAAGGGCUACGACGCGCACAAGAUGUUCAAGCUCUCCGAGGAGUUCUUCACCUCUCUCAACCUGACCGCCAUGCCGGACACCUUCUGGAAGAACUCCAUCCUGGAGAAGCCCGUCGGCCGCAACCUGGUGUGCCACGCCUCCGCCUGGGACUUCUACGACGGCAAGGACUUCAGGAUCAAGCAGUGUACGCGCAUCACCCACCGCGACCUGGUGACCGCGCACCACGAGAUGGGCCACGUGCAGUACUACCUGCAGUACAAGCACCUGCCCAAGGUGCACCGGAGAGGCGCCAACUCAGGCUUCCACGAGGCCGUGGGGGACACCAUCGCGCUGUCCGUGUCCACCCCGAAGCACCUCCGCAGGGUGGGGCUGCUGCCCGCCGACUCCAAGGACGACCCGGAGAGCCAGCUCAACUACCUGUACAACAUGGGCCUGGAGAAGAUCGCCUUCCUGCCGUUCGGCUACCUCAUGGACCUGUGGCGCUGGGACGUCUUCAAGGGCAAGACCACGCCCGAGAACUACAACUGCGAGUGGUGGAAGCUCAGGCAACAGUACCAGGGUAUCGAGCCGCCCGUCGACCGCUCCGAGGCCAACUUCGACCCCGGCUCCAAGUACCACAUCAUCGCCAGCGUGCCUUACAUCAGGUACUUCGUGAGCUUCGUCGUGCAGUUCCAGUUCCACCGCGCGCUCUGCGAGAAGGCCGGCCAGUUUGACCCCAAGGACCCCGACCGCCUGCCCCUGCACGAGUGCGACAUUUACCAGAGCAAGGAGGCCGGCAACCUGUUCGGGAGCAUGCUCUCGAUGGGGUCCUCCAGGCCGUGGCCCGACGCGAUGGAGGUCAUGACCGGCCAGCGCAAGAUGGACGCCACCGGACUGAUGGAGUACUUCCGGCCGCUGCUCAAGUGGCUCGAGGCGGAGAACAAGAAGACCGGCGAGAAGAUCGGGUGGACGCCGUCCGACGCGCGCCAUGUCUGCAAAAGCGGCAAGUCCGAGGUGAAGGCCGCCCCCGCUGCCGCCCCUGCGGCCGCCCCCGCUGCAGCCCCCGCCCCCGCCGCCCCCGCUGCCACCAAAGCCUCCCCUGCGGACCGCUGACAAAACGCCCGGCGGCUGCCACCCAACCCGUACGCGCUAUGCGCGCCGCCGAAGGACGAACCGAAAAGAUCCUCGCUCGCGCCACUGCCCAUCGGGCCGUGGGACACGUACUGGAGGAGGCAGUGCGAGGAGUGGGUCGCGAGGAUGCUGGAGGAGCGGGACAGGGAGGCUGCCGCCGAGAAGCGUAGGCAGCAGAGGCUGAUGGCCUGGCCCAUCGACGACGACCCCGACGCCCCGGACUGCCUCGACGAGGCCGACCCCGUCCCGGCCCCGGAGUGACGGAGCGCGUCGCGAGGGACUUGUGCUGUGGCAGCACGCCGCCAGGGCCCCGCCAGGGCCCUGCCCCACCACUGGGAGGGCGGGCAGGGCACAACUCUCUGACUUAUCACGAACGACUACGUCGAUGUUAAUUUAUUGUCACUCUUAGCAUGACCGACUAAGGAAGAUUUUAUCUACGUAUCGACUUUAUGUUUUGCAGCAGUAUUUCUCGUAGUCUUAGUAGACUGACUUUCCUAAUAAAUGCUAACUUUACACACAA